AUGUCAAAACGAGCAAAGCCCGGGUUCACAACCCCCUUGGACAAAUGGAUUUUGUCGCCAUGGGGCAGAAAGUUUCGAAUCGGUGUUCUAGGAGCUACUGUUGUGAUAUAUCCAACAUACUACAUGAUAGCUAAUGGACCAAUGGUUAAAAGUAGAUUCAAGGCAAAAGUCGACGCGGACAGCACGUUGCCUGAACGAUUGGACAGGAUAGUUACACAGGUAUGUUGAAGUUCAUUUUUGGGAGGGAAAUAAGCGUUAGAGGUUAACAAUGGAUUGGCAAAGUGGUUUUAUAAUAAAGAAUGUCAUUUUAACAAUUUGGUACAGUGUUUUACGUUGUUUUUCAUUAGAAAUGACAAUUUUUUGUCUGUUUAUGUAUCAAAAGUAAUGAGUAUUUUAAAAUUUUGUUGACUUACAUUGAUUUAGGAAAUCAAAGAUUAUCAAGAACGCACUGCAAGAGCCGACAAAGAUACAGUAAUAUCGUUUUUAAUCCAGAAGGAUUUGAGUAAGUGAUAUUUUUAUUUUAUCUUAGCCUAUUCUGCUACCUUUACUCAUUUUCCUUUCCCUACUUCACUUUACCCUCAUCUACUCUACUACGGUCCCUAUUGUAACAGCUACCUUUCUCUAAUGAACAAUGCUUUACCCCACUCCAAAAAUAAUGGCAUAAACCUUCAGAUUACCUCGACUCAGUAGCCGUAGGAUCGUUGGGAAUGAGGUUUGGUGCCUAUAUUGGUCUACCUCUAGCUUCAAGGUUUCAAAAUAAAGCAGAAGUGGAAGAAUACAGUAAGAAGUACCUGGAACCUCUCAAAGUAUUACAAAAGGACGUUUGUGUUGUAUGGGAGACGAAGUUUGGCAAAGACUUGAUCGAUACUCUACAUUUGUCUGAUAAUGUAAGGGUUUUUACUGUUUUGCCUAGGGCGGGGUAUUUUAAUCGUUUUGGUCUUGGAAGGGUUGGAGGAGGGGGGGGAAGACAGGAGGUAAAAAUUUACUUUGUUUUACGGAGGUUGCUUAUGAAUUUAUUUUUGUUUUUUUUUAAUUACGAUAAGGGUGUGGUACGGGAAGGGGUGGAUUUUUUAAAAUUUUUGAAAACCAAAAAAAAUUUUUUUAAAUUUUAAAUUUUUUUAUUUUUGAAUUAUUAUAAUUUUUCCAGGCAGUAAGAUACCUAGUAGCACGUGACAUCCUAUCCCGCGAGGGCUACCAAGCCUAUGCCAACGCGGCUAUUUCCUGGACGACGUGGACCAUGUUCAGUUCGUUGUUGACCUACUAUCUUCAUUUGAGGAAAACCAAAAGUUUUAUGAGAUUUGUCACAAUCUACGUCGUUUUAAUAUCAAUGGCCGCGUUUGCACACAACGAGUGGCACAAGUUGUAUAGGUAAGGAAUUUUAAGAUUGGUUUUUGGCGUUUUUGGGCUUGUUAACAUAGCUUUUUGAUGGUUUUGGACUUGUUUUUUGAUUUGAAAGGGGGAUUUAUGGAUGAAAAAGAGAAAAUUGAAGAUUUAGGUAAUAAAAUGAGUUUUUAAUUUUUAGGUACAUGAAUGAUGUUCACUCGGACACAACGGCCGCUCGACUCUCAGCAGCUCAUUGUCUCGGAGGCUUGGAGUAUUACAUGAAGUUACUCAGAAGGCAUCAGUAAGUGAACUAUAUAUUUUUUACAUUUAAAAGGACUUGGCAAUGACUUUUAUAAAAAAAAAUUUUUUAAUUUAAAGAGCGUCUCCCCUUGAUUUAAAAAGUUUUUUUUAUUUUUACCUUUUCUUUACCCUUAGCAAACUCAAAGUCCUUUCAUAAAAAUGUUUCUCUUAAUCUUCCAAAACCACCGUUCCCAUUUUAGAAUGCUUCGCAACGUGAUGGACGACGGCAACGUGAUCUUCACUCCAGCUGGCGACAAAUUCGAUGUCACCACCAAGUUCCUGCUACGGUAUUCCGGCCUAAAAGACAUCAAAGACGAGUUCAGCGAGCUGGCCGAAGUCACUGAAGGCGACGUUUUCUAA